AUGAUGCGCUCCGCCAUCGCCCGUGCAUUUGUAACAACCCGUCGAGUUAAAGCUUGCCCAGCAGCAGGUGUAGGAAUUUUCCGCCAAGUUCCUUCCUUGCCAGAGCACCGCUGGUUCAGUGCUGCAGCUCCCAAGGCGGACGCAACUUCCCCCACACCCAAACUUGCAUCAACACUUCAAUCCGAACUUCAAUAUGAGAAGUCGAAUUAUGAAGCGGCCGCAAACAUCGCUCCAUUUCUAGAAAAAUCUGGCUGGAAGUUGACAGAAAAAGGCGGAGACAUCAACAUGACGCUUAAAAAGCAGAUUGGGGAAUUGGCGGCAACAGUAGAGUUUCAAUUGGUUUCACCGUCUUACAAUGGUGAAGGUGAGGGCGAAGAGGACACUCCCAUAGAGCCCCAAGAGACUACUGAUUUCAGCGUGACAGUUGAAAAGCCAAAUGGAAAUGGUGCCAUUUUUUAUUGCACCACAGUAGGCAAUGAUGAAAAAUAUCGCUUUAUUGUUGGAAAUGUCCGGUAUUUCGAAGACAACGAAGAGAAGACCUCAGUAUCUGCUUACAACGGUCCCGAGUUCGAAGACUUAGACGAUCACUUGCAAAGCGGUAUCGAUGAGUGGCUGUCGUCGUUGGGCAUUAACGAAGAAUUGUGCGAUUUCAUUGACGCAAUGGCGGUUGACAAGGAACAAAGGGAAUACAUGCGGUGGAUCGAAAAAGUCGCAGAAAUCGUUCAACAAUAA